CUCCCUCUAAUUAGUGGACAAAGAAAUGAUACCAAAAUCUCAUCUUCCUCCCUUCCUCCUCCCUUUGUUCUUUCUUUCUUCCUUCUUCUCCCCAUCACUUGGAUACGGAGCUGAAGGAGCAGUUGGGUAUGGUUAUUCAGUUCAGUCGAUCUACUUCAGUCCCACCAGGAACUCAUUGACUGCUGAUCUCAGAUUGAUCAAGAACUCUUCUCUUUUCGGUCCCGAUGUUCCAAAUCUCCACUUACAUGCCAGCUUUGAGACUAAUGACCGUUUGAGAGUCCAUAUCACUGACUCAAACCAACAGAGAUGGGAAAUCCCACAAGAAAUCAUCCCCCGCCAAUCCCUUCUCCCCCAUCGAUCCUUGCCGGAAAACCGUCUUUACCAGUUGGAAAACAACCAAUUGCCACUUCCAGAGAACCACUCUCUUUCCGUCCCAGACUCCGAUCUAAUUCUCACCCUCCACUCCACACCAUCCUUUGGAUUUUCCGUUGCCCGCCGUUCCACUGGUGAUGUCCUUUUUAGCUCUUUGCCGGACAUGUCAGAUUCUGGCACCACGUUUGUCUUCAAGGACCAAUACAUACAAAUCUCAUCUUCACUGCCAGCAGACAGAGCAUCCAUCUAUGGUUUAGGAGAGCAUACUAAGAAGACAUUCCAUCUGACCCCUAACCAGACACUGACAAUGUGGAAUGCUGACAUUGGAAGUGCAAAUCUCGACGUGAAUCUCUACGGCUCCCACCCAUUCUAUGUGGAUGUAAGGUCACCUUCAUCUGAUGGUAAAGUCCCAGCAGGGAGUACUCAUGGUGUUUUGUUGCUCAAUAGUAAUGGAAUGGAUGUCAUCUACAAUGGUUCUCGCAUAACAUAUAAGGUCAUUGGAGGUGUUCUUGACUUCUAUUUCUUCGCGGGGCCAAAACCAGAAUCUGUCAUUCAGCAAUACACAGAGCUCAUCGGCCGGCCAGCCCCGAUGCCAUACUGGUCAUUUGGAUUUCACCAAUGUCGAUAUGGGUACAAGAAUGUUUCUGAUCUUAAGGGUGUAGUUGCCGGCUACUCAAAAGCAGGAAUUCCUUUAGAAGUCAUGUGGACAGAUAUCGACUACAUGGAUGGCCAUAAAGAUUUCACACUUGAUCCUAUCAACUUCCCACCAGAUCAGAUGAAGCAAUUUGUUGAUCAGCUUCACCAAAAUGGGCAGAAGUAUGUGAUCAUAUUGGAUCCAGGUAUUGGCGUGAACAACACGUAUGGCACUUACAUACGUGGUAUGCAGGCAAACGUCUUCAUAAUGCGCAAUGGAACCCAAUACCUGGGUGUGGUGUGGCCAGGUAAUGUCUACUUCCCUGACUUCCUGAAUCCAGCAGCAGAAACCUUUUGGGCAGGAGAAAUUGUAGCAUUCCACCAGGUACUUCCCUUUGAUGGCCUCUGGAUCGACAUGAAUGAGAUCUCCAACUUCAUAUCUUCUGCUACAUUCCCCAAUUCUACUCUUGAUGACCCUCCUUACACGAUAAACAAUGCCAAUACUCGGAGACCUAUCAAUGAAAAAACUGUCCCUGCAACAUCUUUCCACUUCAGCAAUAUCACUGAGUAUAAUGUCCAUAACCUGUAUGGCUUCUUAGAAUCCAAAUCGACGAAUGCUGCUUUAAUCAAAGCAAGGGGUAAGAGACCAUUCGUACUCUCCCGAUCAACUUUUGUGGGAUCAGGAAAGUACACAGCACAUUGGACUGGUGACAAUGCAGCAACAUGGGAUGACCUAGCUUACUCAAUUCCUUCUGUUUUGAGCUUUGGACUCUUUGGAAUUCCAAUGGUUGGAGCUGAUAUAUGUGGGUUUGCACGGGAAACCACUGAGGAGCUUUGCCGUCGUUGGAUUCAGGUAGGAGCAUUCUAUCCUUUUGCCAGAGACCAUUCAGACAUUCAGAAAGCACGUCAAGAGCUCUAUCUCUGGGAAUCAGUUACCAUAGCAGCGAAGAAGGCACUUGGGCUCCGAUAUCGUCUACUACCCUACUUCUACACAUUAAUGUAUGAAGCACACACUAAGGGAACACCCAUAGCAAGACCCCUGUUCUUCUCAUUCCCUGAAGAUGUCAAAACCUAUGAAAUUGAUUCACAGUUUCUGAUUGGCAAAGGUGUUAUGAUAUCACCUGUAUUGAAACAGGGAACGGUUUCAGUCAACGCGUACUUUCCUGCAGGCAAUUGGUUUGAUCUCUAUAACUAUUCACAAUCAGUUUCUGUAACAUCUGGGAAGUACAUCACUCUUGAAGCCCCAGCAGAUCAUAUAAAUGUGCAUGUCCAUGAAGGUAAUAUUCUGGCCAUGCAGGAGGAAGCCAUGACAACACAAGCAGCCCGGAAGACGGGGUUCCAGCUGGUAGUGGCCAUUGACAGUAGUGGUAGCAAUACUACUGGAGAACUUUUCUUGGAUGAUGGAGAAGAGGUAGAGAUGGGAGGAGAGGGAGGGAAUUGGAGUUUCGUUAGGUUUUAUGGUGAGGUUGCAGGAAAUGAGGUAAGUGUAAGAUCAGAAGUGGUGAACGGGGAAUAUGCAGCGAGUGAGAAGUGGAUUUUAACAAAGGUGAGUUUCAUGGGUGUGAAACAGAUUAAUGGGUUCAACAGGUAUCAGUUGGAUAUUAAGGGGAUGAAUUUGAAUAAAAAUGAAACAGUAAGAGUGAGUCUUGACAAAAAAGGAGGGUUUGGCACUGCAGACAUUACAGGGUUAUCACUGCUUAUGGGGGAUAACUUUGAAAUAAAGCUGCAGUUGAGCGAACAGGCCAAAUGAUGAGAGAAUUGUAAUGGCAUUAAUAACACAGGCAGAAAAUUUAGUUUAC